AUGGCAGUUAUGACGUCGCAUCAACCCGACGGCGAUGCCGUUCUGCUCGACCAGAAAUCCGAGUCACUCAAGAUGACUGCUUCAGUGGGCGACGAGCCCAAUGGUGUCAACGGACACGUCUCCCCCGUCGAGAUACACCCUGAGACUACCUCCGAGCCAGAGCUCAAUACUAAGAGCGCUUUGGCGCCGCAAUCACCGAAGCCCAAGGACGAAGUUCCUGAGUCCAACGAGACCGUAACUCAAAACAAUGACGCGUUUGCCGCGAACCAGACAGUUUCCGUAGAGCAGGCCGAGGAGCCCGAGAAGAAAGACAGCGCGCUGGCUGAAGACUUGCCCAAAGAGGCGGAGAAAGUUGCGGAGCCUGUGACAGAUCAGCCUAAGGACACCGAGAUGACGGAUGCGCCGAAGCCUGCGGAGGAGGCUGUGCCGCUUGUUGAGAAGGCUGAAGAGGCUCCUGUAGCUGCGGCACCGGAGCCCGUACAGCCCUCAGAGAUUGUCGAGCCCACCACUGAGGAGGCUCCUAAGGCGGCAGUCGAAGAGGAGGUGAUAACGCAGCCCGAGACUAGUGAUGAUGUCAAGAUGACGGAUGCACAACCCGAGGUCGACGUGUCGCCAGGUGCCGAGAAUCUCGAGAAUACACAGACUUCAACCGUGGAAGAGACGUCCGUUGCUGCUUCAGCCGACAUUACUUCUGAGCCCAUCAGCGUAUCACAGUUGAACAUUGAUACUCAGGACGAUCCGACCAGCAUCACUGCGAACACCAGUAUGACUGAUGCGCCAUCUCAACCAUCUGUCAAGGUUGCCCGAGAACGCGAGGAUGAUGUAGCGGACGAACCGGCUGCCAAACGUGCCCGGACUUUGGAUGCGGAUGAUGUGGUGCAGGAUACUGUCAAGGUGAUGACUGGCCCCAUACCUCAGCCCAUGGACGUCGAUCAACCUGCCGGGGACUUGGUCCCUUUAACGGUAAAUGGUGAGCCCAGACGUCUGAAUGACCCCGCACUCGACAACAACCCCAUUACUGGCUUCAUGAAUCGCGAGAUUCGCAGAGUGUUGGGCGGCAUCAAGAAGACAAAGGCUGGCGGCCAAUUCAAGCUGUCUGUCCAGGUCAUGUGGCCAGCUUUGUGGGAAAGCUACAUCGAGAGGAUUAAGAACCCGAUCGACAUCGGCUCCAUUGAGCACAAACUCCGCCAGGACGAUUACAAAACCCUGGGUGCGUUCAAGAACGACGUGCGCCUCAUCUCUGAGAACUCCGUCACCUUCAACGGCAAUGAUCAUAACGUGACCGCGUCCGCGAAUCUCGUUGUUCGGCAGAUCUUCGAGAGGCUAGGUGAUGUUCCUGCUGAGCAACCAGCGAAGCCCGAGGCCAAGGAGGCCAAGAACAUUCCCACCCGUCAUGCCGAGCCUCGCGCCGCUGCUCCACCUCGUCGUGAGUCUCGUGGUGCCGCAACUUCGCCCACAGAGAAGGUUUCCGACUCGCCAGUCUUCGCCGUCCCUCCUUCUGGCGUUCCCAUCAUCCGUCGUGAUUCGACAAAGAAUGAUGGCGACCGACCGAAACGACCAAUUCACCCACCGAAGAGCAAGGACCUAGGCUUCCAAGCCAAAAACCUCAAGAAGAAGAAACUUCAGCCGGACUUCAAGUUCUGCGACGACGUUCUUACCGAGAUCAAGAAGCAGAAGUACUAUAUGUGGAACCAGUACUUCCUGGAGCCUGUGGAUCCCGUUGCUCUCAACAUUCCCAAUUACCACAAGGUGAUAAAGCAGCCGAUGGACUUGCAGACUAUCACAGAAAAACUUCAUAGCGGAGAGUACGAGUCGCCAAAGGCCUUCGAAGGGGAUUUCAAUCUGAUGUUGAAGAACUGCUUCAAGUUCAACCCCGAGGGUCAUCUUGUGCAUUCUGCAGGCAUUGAACUGGAGAAGCUCUUCAAGGAGAAGUGGGCCGAGAAGGAUGCUUGGAUGGCCAAGCAUGCUCCAGCUGCCUCCGCCCCUGCCGCAUCGGGUGCAAGUCCUCAUGGCAAGGAUGACUCGGACGACGAAGCCGAUGCCAGUGACGUAGAGCCCGAGGACGAACCCGUGUCAACCCAGGCUUUGGACACUCUCACUGCUAGGCUGCAUGAGGAGCAGAAGAAGCUGGAUGAUGCCUUGCAGGCAUCGAAGCUCGAUCCCACUUUCAUCAGUCUGCAGCAGUCCAUGAUUCAAAUGAUCCAGAACCAGAUAGUGACGGAGAAAAUUAAGCUGCAAGAGCAGACGAAUAACAAGAAGCCUGCGGCGAAGCCUAAAGCCUCCAAGAGCAAGAAGGCAGCUGGCGGCGCCACCAGUGGCGCGUCGAAGAAGGCCGCGGCCACCGCAACAGCUGCCAAGAAGAGUGGAGGAAGCGCGAAGAAACCGCCCAAGACCAGGAAGCUGGAUGUUGACGAGCGGGAGAUCGUGUCUCUGGGCAUUGGAAAUCUGGAUGGUCCCGCGCUUGAUCAGGCUAUUGACAUAAUCAGGAAGGACACCAACAUUCCGGACAAUGAUGAAGCUGAACUUGAGCUCGAUAUGGAGCAACUCAGCGAGCCUGUGCUACUGAAACUCUUCGACAUAGUGAUGAAGGCCUUUCCUCAAUACAAGGAUGAGCUUAAGAAGAAGCGGGAGCAAAGAAAGGCAGAGGAGCACCCCAAUCGAUCGGCGCUGCCAAAGUCGUCCAAGCCGAAGAAGAACAAGCCCAUGGGCAAGCAGGAGCAGGAGCGCAAGCUUGAGCAGCUCCGAGAGUUGAAGGCACAGUACGCUCGAAACGGAAGCGGAAGCCAGGAGCCUCUGCCUUCGGUCGAGAAUGGUGGCCAUGAGGCUAGUGAUCACCACCAUGAAAGCGACGAGGAUUCUUCCUCUGAGGAAGAGUAG